CGCGCCAACUAAUAUAUGCAGACUCCGCCCCUCGGGCCUUUCUCUCUCCCUUCUCUCUGCCAGGACCACCACGAGGCGAAGCUGCGUGUCAAGAUGCGUUACGUCUCUGCGUACCUGCUGGCCGUCCUGGGUGGCAAUGCCAACCCCACGGAGAAGGAGCUCAAGGCCAUCCUGGCCAGCGUGGGCAUCGAAGCCGAAGGCGACAAACUGGGCAAGGUCGUCGGGGAGCUCAAAGGGAAGAACCUGGAGGAGGUGAUCGCUGCAGGUGUAGGCAAGUUGGCCUGCGUGCCGUCAGGUGGCGCCGUCUCCUCCUCUGCCGCUCCAGCCGCUGCCUCCGUUGCAGCACCAGCUGCUGCGGAGAAGAAGAAGGAGGAGGCGAAGGAUUCAGACGAGGAGGAGGACGACGACAUGGGCUUCGGCCUCUUCGACUGAGACCCCCUCACCACCUCCUCACCACCCCCCCCCGGCCUCACCAAAACAAUAAACUCUCCAGUCUCAUA